AUGCCGAGGCAGCAGUACCAGUCGGGCGCGAUGGACUAUUCCCCUCCGGCCGCGCCAGAACCGAACACGUGGAUGGCAGCGCUCAACGCGCAGUCCCAAAAUACGCAGUUGACCCAGACCGUGGGCGACUUGCGCGUGGAGUUGACAACCGUCAACUUGCAGUACCGCCAGCUCCAAUCUGACUUCGAUGCGCUGGAGCGCGACUACAACUCCCUCCGCGACGAGCGCGCUGACUUGCUCAACGAAGUCCAGCGCCUCCAGCGACAGCUCGCUGAUGCGAAAGCUCAGCGUGCCGGAUCAGAGCAAGGGGACGACGACCACCCUGCUGUUGUGGCAUGGGUUGACCUGUAUGCAUGA